AUGCGUACUGCUGUUGGCCUUGAGGAGCAACAAGGACAGAAAAAAGAUGGAGGAGGAGAGGGGGAAAGUGAGUGGGUAAAAAGCCAAGAAGGGAGCAGCGGCUUUAUAGGUCCACAGAGGAGGGUGUGGCUUGCCCCCUUUCCUUCACGGCUAAAUAGUCCCUGCUGUUCGGGCUCGCAAUCCACACGGUUUUUGGUGGGACGCGCGAUUUGGCUUUUUGCCUUGGAUAGACCGGAUCCCGCGAGGCGCCGCUCUUUCCGCAAAUGGCAGAAUAAAACAUUUGACCCUACGGUGAACAUCUGCGAAAUGGCCCGAAAAGCCGCCCACAUCGUUGCUAGCAGCAUCGCAAACCCCAGCACAAACGGGUGGAAUGGGGAAGACAGCGGUCAUCACAUGAGGCAAAGGGAUGCACAACCAUUGGUGGUGCUGGACAGUCUGUGGAACCCAAGGCCGGUUUACCAAGGAGCCAAGCACCCAAGACUCGCCACUGCGGCUCAAGCAUACCCUAAACAACGUGGGAAGGACGAAAGGCUAUAUUUUGACGAGGUCGUGGUGGUGAACAUUCGACAGUACCAUCACAACGCUUCCAUGAAGAGUAUACACUUUUACGGCCCCUACGUUACUUCUACGGUCCCGCCAAAUGUUCGAUAUUUCACCCUUCAUGAGCAACUCACCGUCCAUGCUACUGACGCAGAGAACCUUGACCUACCUGGUGAAUCGAUGGAGAAAACAGACGACGGUCUCACUUGUUGGACCAAGAACGAGCCCCUCGAUUCUCCAACUUCUCGGCGUUGGAGGAAGAAAAUUGGAGAUAAUUUGGUUCAUAAAUUCCUAUUGGUUGACGAGGAAGCCCAACCCAUGGCCAGGGUUGAAGCCACUACUUGCAGCUGUGGGGAAUUACGCGAGACACUUGUUCCCGACCAGCUCAGAACCGUCUCCCAGAUUCGGAGCGCAGCCGCCAUGAAGACGAACCAAUCGGUGAAGGGAGCUACACCGCUGACGGCCAUGAACUCAUUACGGAGACUCGCUGAGGAAGCCCACUUGAAAGAGGCUAAUGGAGACCUUAGGGGCGCGCUGUACCAAUUUGUCCAAUUUGUUCAGGAGUCGCACGAGUAUAAGCAAGAGACUGUGCGAGGCCACCAUGGGGCCCUAUAUCAGUCCAUGCAAGAGUUUAUGAACAAGGGUGCAUUUGAGCAAAUGAUUAAGAGUGCCGACAAGAUUCAGGCCUCACUAUUACAGAUAGAAAAAGCAGAGGCAAGCCGUGCUGCCCAACCAGACGGGGUAUCAGAUGCCGAUUCGAUUGGCAGACGAUCUGGCAACUCACUGGCUGAGCGUCUAAAGCAGCUUCAGGGAAGUGGAAUCCAGGCUGAGUUGAUCGGACGCAAGAUACAACGGCCACCAUCUCAGAACUUUAGGCCACAAUCACCCCCCGUGCUCGUUCCUUCCCGAGGACCGACGCCCGCCCCUCGCGGAGCAACCCCAGGACCUUAUACGAGACGAUCAUCGUUAAGUUAUGUUCCGAUACCGCCACCGAGCCCAAAGCCAACAGUCG